AAAAUGAAAAGAAAAAUGAAACCCCCCCCCCAACGUCUCUUAACGUGCUUUGCCCCAACAUUUGUUUUUCCUCUAUUGACCAACUUUCAAAUAUACAGACGCAUUACAGACACGUGCUCAACGAGCGGCGGGGUUCUCUGCGUAACUUCCGGCGCAACUUCCGGCGUUCCCUCCUUUCUCCGAGCGUCCGCCGACUGUGUGAGCCGCGUGUUUACACACUCCCAGAUGAAGGAGUCGAUAAUGAACCAGGAGAAGCUCGCCAAACUGCAGGCGCAGGUUCGCAUAGGCGGAAAGGGAUCAGCGCGCAGAAAGAAGAAGGUAGUACACAGAACAGCUACAGCCGAUGACAAGAAACUGCAGUUCUCCCUGAAAAAACUGGGAGUCAACAACAUCUCCGGCAUCGAGGAGGUGAACAUGUUCACAAACCAGGGUACAGUGAUCCACUUCAAUAACCCAAAGGUUCAGGCCUCCCUGGCUGCCAACACCUUUACCAUCACAGGACACGCCGAGAACAAGCAGCUUACAGAGAUGCUCCCAGGAAUCCUGAACCAGCUGGGAGCCGACAGUCUCACCAGCCUGAGGAGAUUAGCAGAGACGCUGCCUAAGCCAGCCGGAGACAGCAAAGCACCCAUGGUUGCCACCGAAGAGGAGGAUGACGAGGUGCCAGAUCUCGUUGAGAACUUCGAUGAGGCUUCAAAGAACGAGGCAAACUAACAAGGAAGCACCAGCGACAUUUUAAAGGCUCUUCUUGACACACCCUACUCACACAGCAAUUUUUAUUUUAUUACUGUCCUAUCUCCUCUGUUCUAUGGCUACAAGUAGAAGUUGCUCUUAACAUAAUUGUUACCUUGACCAUUGGGUCGGAAUACAGUAACUUAAAAAAAACAAACUCACUUUUUAUAGCAGCCUUUACCUACAUCAUUUUCAGAUUGGCCUUAUUUUGCUGUCCCGAUGAAAUGAGUCACAUUAGUGGAAUGUGCACACCUUUCUUUCUCGCACUGCCUCUCCUGCACUGUGAUCCCAACACAUCAAACUUGUAUUUGUGGACUCAAACAUAUAAUAAAGAUUACAUCAAAGAUC